UGUAUGUAAGAAUUUAUUAACUGAUCCAGUUUCUACUCCAUGUGGACACAACUUCUGUAAAACCUGCCUUACUCAAUACUGGGACAAAAAUGACUGCUGUCAGUGCCCAAUGUGCAACAAGAAUUUUGAGAGACGACCAGAUCUUACAGUAAAUGACCUUAUGUCUUCAAUGAUUGCUGAAUUAAGGAAUGUAGGUAAAGCUAAAAUUCCUGCCAAACCCGGAGAAGCGCAAUGUGAUAUAUGUCUUAUUGCCACAAUACAGGACUCAUAAACUGAUUGAUGUUGUUGAUAACAUUGACAUAUACAUCUGCCAAAAGCAUAAGAAACCCUUGGACCUGUUCUGCAGAGAUGACCACAUAUGCGUGUGUCAAUUCUGCACUGAAGGAGAGCACAAAACACACAAAACUGUACCUAUAGAAGAGGAGAGUACUGAGAGAAAGGUCAGUGACAAGUGCCAUCAAGAAACAAAAUUCAUUAUGAAAAAAAUAGUUACACAGUCUGCAAAUAAAAUCAGUAUUGCUUUAAUCCUAAUUUAAGAAGAAUCUAUCUUUUCUUUGUAUGGCCUGUUCUCAGACUUAUACGAGAGUGGUACGGGCUGAAAUUCAGCAGUCAAUUGAGGACAGAAAGAAGAAGAUUCAAGAGGUCAACAAAUCUGCAGAGUUUAGUAAAGUAUGUUAUGUAACAUACAAGCUUAUAUUAGUAUUUGUGAUCCUGAUAAUAAUGAUUUCAUAGUUAUAAAAUACCAAAUUCUGAUUUUUGUAAAAGCAAUGGGUGGUAAUUUAUUUAAUGUUUUGAUCUUUUAGAAAAGCACAGAGAAAGUAGUUACAGACACUGUUAAAAUCUUCUCUGCUCUGAUACACUCCAUUGAGAGAAGUCAGGCUGAACUGCUUGAGGUGAUGGAGGAGAAGCGGAAAGCAGCAGAGAGGCAGGCUGAAGAUCUCAUUAAAGAUCUGGAGCAGGAAAUCACUGAGCUAAAGAGGAGAGACACUGAGCUGGAGCAGCUCUCACACACUGAGGAUCACCUCCACCUCCUACAGAUUUUCCCAUCCCUGUGCAGACCCCCACACACCACCAACUGGACUAACAUCAGUACAGAACCUUAUCUGAGUGUAGAGACUGUGAGAAAAGCUCUGUCUCAACUUCAAAAGAGUCUGAACGAUCAACUGUAUGAAAAUGAGCUGAAGAAGAUAAAGGAGUAUAAAGUGGAUGUGACUUUGGAUCCAGAGAAGGCCCAUGCCAGUCUAGUCCUGUCUCAAGAUGGAAAACAAGUGAGAAAAGGAAUCCGACGAGUGGCUCUGUUCGGAGGCCAUUUUGUAUUUUAUCCAUAUACAAAUGUCUUAGGCAAGCAGGGGUUUUCAUCAGGCAAAUUUUACUAUGAGGUGCAGGUCAAGGGGAAAACCUCAUGGGUGAUAGGUGUGGCCAAAGAGUCCAUUACCAGUAAUACAGAGUUUACUCUGUGCCCUGCCGCUGGAUUUUGGAUUCUGACUCAGAGGGACAAUGAUUGCAAGGUCUGCAAGGCUUGUCAUAAUCCCCCAGUUCUCCUCUCCCUAAAAGAGAAGCCCCAGAAGGUGGGGGUGUUUGUGGAUUAUGAGGAGGGUCUGGUCUCCUUUUAUGAUGUGGAGGCCAGGUCUCAUAUCUACUCUUUCACUGGUCAGUCUUUUACUGGGUUACUCUAUCCAUAUUUCAACCCUGGCCCUAAUGAAGGGGGUAAAAACUCAGCUCCUCUCACUAUUACACCCAUCAGUAAUAUGUCUCUGAGAUAUUAAAUAACUUUUUUUCAUUCAUAUAGUAAAUGCAUUAGCUAAAAUAUAUGAUGGAACAAGACCAAAUUAUUUAUAUGCAACUAAUUACACAGUAAACAACAUUAACCUAAACUGCGUUGCAGUUAAGUAAAAAAAAAAAAAAGCAAAAAUGCCAUCCAAAAUGAGCUAAUUCUAAUGAGUUCAAAAAAGCCUGAUGUUUUAUGCCUAUUUAAUUAUAUGUAAUUGUCUUUUUACUUUUAUGUGUAAUUUGUAUAUCUAAACUGUUUGUGUCAAUUUUAGUUCAUUGUGUUUUAAACUGUAAUGUGAAGAGUCCACUACUAUGAUUCUACUAUGAGUCUUAGCUUCUUCUGUUAUGUUAGAUUAGAGAAAAUAGGCCUUAAUUUCAUCUAAGAGGUCAACAUAUGACACCUAAAUAAUCAGAACUGAUUAUGCAGAAAUCGUUUAACUCUGAUCAAUCACUACACCGCUGAAAAACAGGGGCAAUACUUCACAAAGAUAAAACCACACAAACAGGCCACAAACGCCCAGGUACAUUGGUGAACUUAAUCAGUACUCAGGUGAUGGGGUUAGCUAAUAUGUGGUGAUUGAUCUUCUGAGUAGUGGUCAACUGAGGCAUUUUGGGAAAUGUAGUCCAAAUAGAAUUUGUAUGAAGACAGGCAUGAUUGGGAGUCAUGACUAGGAGGCAUGACACUACAUUCAAAUUUCCAGAGAGCAUAAAAUAAAAUAGUAUAGCCAGGCUGAGACAACUUUCAAUAUACUGAAAUGUGUGUAUUUUUCAUUGACAAUCAUGUGGGAAAAGUGGACAAGUAAAAAGGGAGAGGACACUGUACAGAAAUCAUCAAAUCAGCAAAGAUAACAUUUAACCUUUCAGUCAUGUAUAAUCACAUUUAUUUUUCUCUUUCUUUAAUUGAAAUGAUUACCAAUAUUACUAUUACUACUUCUAAUAAUGAAAUUAAUAAAUAAUAAAAUAAUAAAAACCUGUUCUGAGUACCUCUAAAAA